GGGCUGCAAAAAGAGAGAAAGAAAACAGCAGGAACCACAACAAAACGCCAGCAGGGCGGGCGGGCGCGCAGCAGCAGCGGGGCGGCCGAGGCAGUAACGGCGGCAGCGGCGGCAGCGGCGGAGGCAGCGGCCGGUGCCCGGCUCGGGCUCGGCUCCCGCGACCCCGGGGCGCCCGGUGGGCCCCCCGCCCCCUCCCCCUCCCCCCUUCCCCUUCCCCUUCCCCUCCCAGCGCGCCCGCGCGCCCCUCGGCCCUCGGCGAGCAGCUCGGCUCCCCCCAGCGCUCCCAGGGCCCAAAGAUAUGGCAAUGGUAGUUAGCAGCUGGCGAGAUCCGCAGGACGACGUGGCCGGGGGCAACCCCGGCGGCCCCAACCCCGCAGCGCAGGCGGCCCGCGGCGGCGGCGGCGGCGGCGCCGGCGAGCAGCAGCAGCAGGCGGGCUCGGGCGCUCCGCACACGCCGCAGACCCCGGGCCAGCCUGGAGCGCCCGCCACCCCCGGCACGGCGGGGGACAAGGGCCAGGGCCCGCCCGGUUCGGGCCAGAGCCAGCAGCAUAUCGAGUGCGUGGUGUGCGGGGACAAGUCGAGCGGCAAGCACUACGGCCAAUUCACCUGCGAGGGCUGCAAAAGUUUCUUCAAGAGGAGCGUCCGCAGGAACUUAACUUACACAUGCCGUGCCAACAGGAACUGUCCCAUCGACCAGCACCACCGCAACCAGUGCCAAUACUGCCGCCUCAAGAAGUGCCUCAAAGUGGGCAUGAGGCGGGAAGCGGUUCAGCGAGGAAGAAUGCCUCCAACCCAGCCCAAUCCAGGCCAGUACGCACUCACCAACGGGGACCCCCUCAAUGGCCACUGCUACCUGUCUGGCUACAUCUCGCUGCUGCUGCGCGCCGAACCCUACCCCACGUCGCGCUAUGGCAGCCAGUGCAUGCAGCCCAACAACAUCAUGGGCAUCGAGAACAUCUGCGAGCUGGCCGCGCGCCUGCUCUUCAGCGCCGUCGAGUGGGCCCGCAACAUCCCCUUCUUCCCGGAUCUGCAGAUCACCGACCAGGUGUCCCUACUACGCCUCACCUGGAGCGAGUUGUUCGUGCUCAACGCGGCCCAGUGCUCCAUGCCGCUGCACGUGGCGCCGCUGCUGGCCGCCGCCGGCCUGCACGCCUCGCCCAUGUCCGCCGACCGCGUCGUGGCCUUCAUGGACCACAUCCGCAUCUUUCAGGAGCAGGUGGAGAAGCUCAAGGCUCUGCACGUCGAUUCCGCAGAGUACAGCUGCCUCAAAGCCAUCGUGCUGUUCACGUCAGAUGCCUGUGGCCUGUCGGAUGCCGCCCACAUCGAAAGCCUGCAGGAGAAAUCACAAUGCGCACUGGAGGAAUAUGUGAGGAGCCAGUACCCCAACCAGCCCAGCCGCUUCGGCAAACUGCUGCUGCGACUGCCCUCGCUGCGCACCGUGUCUUCCUCUGUCAUCGAGCAGCUCUUCUUCGUCCGUUUGGUAGGUAAAACCCCUAUUGAAACUCUCAUCCGAGAUAUGUUACUUUCUGGGAGCAGCUUCAACUGGCCUUACAUGUCCAUCCAGUGCUCCUAGACCUUGGGCGCUUCCUGCCUGCCCCUGCCCCCACUAGAAACUCAGAGGACUCAUCCGGGCCAAGGACUCCAACGCCUCGGGGACUCUCCGGGUGUGGAGGACCAGGCAGGCCAGGCAGACCAGGCAGGGGAAGGAAUGCUGGGGACAGGAGCAGCCCACCCUGCAGAAAUGCAACUGGAGCUGCAAACCAGGAGAAAAAGAAACUCUUUUAGGAUCAGAUCUAUAAGCACGUUGCAAAGGAAAGAAAAAAGGAUCUUAUGUCUGGUGAGAAAAUGAAAA